GAAUUGAUAGACCACCUUCCCUGAUCCUGCAAACACCUGAACAUAACCUCACCUACCUCAAAGCUUCCCGGCUAAACGCAGCAAACAGUUGAGUUUCAGUUGCUCUGCUGAAACUCGCCCACCCAAAAUGGCAAGUCUCAGAGUCUCCUUCAUCCUCAUCAUCAUCACCACCGUCCUUUUAACAUCCCCUUCUUCAUCCCUUACAUCACAGCCCUCCAAUGUCUUUCCCUCCAAUAAACCCCCGCGCUUUCUGGGCAAACACUCACACUCAAUCAAAACCAACCACCAGCAAUACCGUUACGAAACCCGGUACUUCUCCCAACGACUGGACCAUUUCAGCUUCUCGGAUCUUCCGAACUUCCGACAACGUUACCUUAUCAACACCGAACACUGGGUCGGCCCAUCUCGUCUCGGCCCAAUCUUUCUUUAUUGCGGCAACGAAGGUGACAUUGACUGGUUCGCCGUCAACACCGGUUUUGUCUGGGAUAUCGCCCCUCGCUUCGGGGCCAUGGUUCUCUUUCCUGAGCACCGGUAUUAUGGGGAGUCAAUGCCGUACGGAAGUAGAGAAGAGGCUUAUAAAAAUGCCACUACUCUUUCUUAUCUCACGGCAGAGCAAGCGCUUGCGGAUUUCGCAGUUCUGAUUACUGAUUUGAAGAGGAAUUUAUCUGCUGAAGGGUGUCCGGUUGUUUUAUUUGGCGGCUCAUAUGGAGGAAUGUUAGCGGCAUGGAUGAGGCUGAAAUAUCCUCACAUUGCCAUCGGAGCACUUGCUUCGUCAGCGCCAAUUCUUCAGUUUGAAGACAUUGUACCUCCAGAAACAUUUUAUAAUAUUGUCUCCAACUCAUUUAAGCAUGAAAGCAAUAGCUGCUUUGACACUAUAAAACAAUCAUGGAAUGCACUGACAUCUGCGGGUCAAAGAGAGGAUGGUCUUCAGCAACUGUCUCAAACUUUUCAUUUGUGUCGGGAACUGAAGAGUGUCCAAGACCUUUCAAACUGGUUAGAAUCCGCUUAUAGUUAUUUGGCGAUGGUGAAUUAUCCAUAUCCUUCUAAUUUUUUAAUGCCACUACCUGGACAUCCCAUAAGAGAGGUAUGUAGAAAGAUUGACAGUUCUCCUGACGGGUCUAGCAUUCUGGAGCGUAUAUUCAACGGAGUAAGUGUCUACUACAAUUAUACUGGAGAAGUUGACUGUUUUCAACUUGAUGAUGAUCCUCAUGGCAUGGAUGGGUGGAACUGGCAGGCAUGCACUGAGAUGGUUAUGCCAAUGUCUAGUGAUAGAAAUACAAGCAUGUUUCCAGCAUAUGAUUAUGACUACUCUGCUUUCCAAGAGGAGUGCAAGAGGGAUUUCCAGGUGACACCAAGGCCUAGAUGGAUAACAACCGAAUUUGGUGGACAUGAUAUUGAGCAUGUAUUGAAAAUCUUUGGAAGUAACAUCAUAUUCUCAAAUGGUCUAUUGGAUCCUUGGAGUGGCGGCGGUGUUCUGAAGAAUAUAUCCCAAACAAUUGUUGCUCUUGUUACAGAGGAAGGUGCCCAUCACAUAGAUUUGCGUGCCUCCACGACUGAAGACCCUGACUGGUUAGUGGAACAGAGGGAAACUGAGAUCAAGUUGAUUCAAGGUUGGUUGGACAACUACCGUGAGAAAAUGAAAGCAACCCUCAAAAUUUAGAUAUGAAAGAUUGUUGGAACGUGGAUGUUAAUGUAAGUAAUUGUGUACGUAUCUUCAAAGCUCUGCUUCUGCCCAUGUUUUCCAAUCUGGCAUUUGCCAGAUAAGCUACUACUUGGGCCAAGUAAAUUUAAAUAAGUUAAAAACCAAUGCGCUACGUUUUGUAGCAUUCGCUUAUAAGCUUUGACAAUUGUGGGGAAAAGGCUACAUCUUUUUCUUGA